UUGACCCUCCUCGCCUACCGUAGCAAAACACUCGCUUCAAAACGGAGAAAGAUGAGGUUGAGGAAUUAGCUGAUGCUCCUUCGUCAAAUAAAUCGGUUGUGUGAACUUAUCUUGGGUUCCUAUUUAAACGACGAAAGAACGGUGAGAAAAUUGCGGAUAAAACAAAAACGUGUGCAAAAUAUGCCGCUACAGUUCGCCGUAUACUGCGGCGAGUACAAUUAGUUCACAGUUCAGACAUUGAUAGGUCGAGACUGCAGCUCCGAGGACUAUUUACUUUUCCUGUCCAAAACUCCAGAGGCUGCUGUAGUUCAGCAGCUACAUUCACUUCCGUUUGGUUUAUAAAGACAGACAUUAGUGUCGAUGUCACAUCUUAAAGGUUAUUUGAUCGAGACGUGAUGCAGACAGCAAAGUCUGAAGGCGCUCAACGGCCGCUGGUUUUCUUUGACCUGGAGACGACUGGACUGGAUCAGCAGUGUGAGAUCGUCCAGCUGGCUGCGGUCAGCGGCCUCCACUCUCUGAACCUCUACAUCAGCCCCCGGGGUCCGGUGCAGCCAGGAGCCGCCAGAGUAACCGGCUUCAGGGUCCGAGGACGGAGGCUGUACCUGCACCACCGGCCCGUCCUCACCAACUCCCUCCGAGAGGUGCUGGUCUCCUUCAUAGCCUUCCUCCAGAUGCUCGGACAUCCUCUGCUCAUCGGACACAACAUCCGUCACUUCGACUGUCCUCUGCUGGUCCGGUGCCUCGACCAGCUGCAGCUCAGAGCGGAGUUCGAGGCUUCCGUCUCCGGCUGUGUGGACACUCUGCCGCUGACUCGGGAGCUGUUGAAGGACCGCGGCCUCCAGAGCUUUGGACAGGAGAAUCUGGUCAGGGAGCUGCUGGGGGUGAACUACAAGGCCCAUGAUGCUUUGGAGGACGUGCGGGCAUUACAGACGCUGUAUGGUGCUCUUCAGCCCCAGCCGGAGGUGAUCUGUAGGCACAGGUUCACUCUGGACACCAUCAGCAGCAAACGAGCGGAGACAGCAGCCAAAGCACCCUGCAGGAACCCUGGACCUCAGUGAAGGCCACAGAGGAGCCUGAUGCACUUUUACCCAACUAUUAUUAUAUCGCUGACACUUUUGCACAAAUAUUGUAGACAGACACAAAUAAUAAACAGGGGAAUGUACACUGCAUUCCACACUGUGUGCAAGGAAGGGGAUCUUUACAGUACUUUUCUCCAGAAGACAAACUCAGUCUAGCAGUACUGGAGCUGUUGGUGGAUCACGUGACUGGUGCGACACAUCUGGAAGUCACUACUUACUAACUACUGUGCAGGGGUUCUUUCAGAGUGAUUUCUCUGAAUUUGCAUCGUUUCAGUACCAACAAACAGUCACACUGUCUUUCCAUCAUAAGUCUGGGUUAUUGUAAAGCAGAUUCAGAUGUCUGUUAAUAGUGUUAUAAAUGUUCAAAAUGUAGAGAGUGGUGGGCUCCUCUGCAAAAUACAUUAUAUUCUGGAGAAAUAACCGUCUGUUGUCCCUGGAUUUACAUAUUUAAAAUAAAUAAAUGUAUUUUUAAAGUGUG